ACUUUUCUUUUUUCAUUUUCUUUUUUUUCUUUGUAUCUUCUUACUUUCAUUAUUCUUUAUUUCCAUUCUCAUGGCCAUACCAAGUAAUGCAAGUUUAUUGGAUAAAUAUCUACGACUCAGUCAAGGCAACAAGGUGCAAGUGGAAUAUAUCUGGAUAGACAACAACACAUUGCGGUCAAAAUCACGUACAUUAGAUUAUUUUGUCAAUAGAGUAGAGGAGAUUCCUGAAUGGUAUGAUGAUGGACAAGAAAAGCAUGAUGAGAUAAUUCUUCGACCUGUGGCUCUAUAUCAUGAUCCAUUUCGACCCACACGCGACAAGACGAACAAGCUAGUACUUUGUGAUACGUACCUUCCGGAUGGCACACCUCACCCAACCAACUACCGCUAUCAUUGUCAUCGGAUCAUGAAUACCUAUGACCAUCAUGCUCCUUGGUUUGGUAUGGAACAAGAAUAUUUAUUGAUUGAUCCUCAAAAAGAAAAACCUUUGGGUUGGCCACAACAUGGAUUCCCUGAACCUCAAGGUAAAUACUAUUGUGGGGUGGGUGCCGAUAAGAUUUUUGGACGAGACAUUGUAGAGGCGCAUUAUCGGGCAUGUUUAUACGCAGGAAUACGAAUAGGUGGAGCCAAUGUGGAGGUAUGUCCUAGUCAAUUUGAAUUCCAAGUAGGACCAUGUCCAGGCAUUACGAUGGGGGAUGAACUUUGGAUGGCAAGGUAUCUUUUGGAGCGUGUAGGGGAAACGUUUGGUGUCGGGGUGACGUUUCAUCCUAAACCAGUGCAAGGCGAUUGGAAUGGGGCAGGAUGUCAUACCAAUUAUUCAACCAAGGCGAUGCGACAACAAGACGAUGGUUUAGCCACCAUGGAGGAUGCUAUCGAACGGAUGAGUUUGCGUCAUUUUGAACAUAUUGCCGUCUAUGGGGAAGACAACGACUUGCGCUUGACCGGACAUCACGAAACUGGACACAUUGGGGCGUUUUCAUAUGGGAUUGCUAAUCGUGGUGCAUCGAUUCGUAUUCCUCGUCAUGUCGCCAAACAAGGAAAAGGCUAUAUGGAGGAUCGUCGUCCUGCUUCGAAUGUUGAUCCUUAUCGUGUCACUAGUAUUAUUGUAGAAUCAUCUCUUUCCCCUAUACCCUCAAGUUUAUUCCAUUAGAUAUUUCUAUUCCUUCUCUUUUUUUUGAUUUUGAUUUUGUACUAUUGAUGAAUAAUAAUAAUAAUAAUAAAACAAAAUACCUUUUAUUGUAA